UUCCAAUGCAAUGUCAGGUUGCGAUGAGGAAUGUCAUGAACGUUGUCCGGGGUAUGAACCUGUACAAUGCAAAUGUAUUGAGAACAGUUGCAAGUGUAAAGAUGGCUUUGUGUACGAUCCUGCAACGUAUAAGUGUAUAUCGCCAAGCCAGUGCAAAACGCCAACAACCACUUCAACAGAAAAAUCCUUGGUUACACAAACCACUACAAAGCUAAAAACAGAUCAAUCUACAACGCCUAAAACCACUACAGAACCAAAUGACCAACCGACUACAACGAUCACAACAAAAACAGAUGAAGGUUCAGAAGCCUCCACACACAGUUCAAAAAUAACAACAGAAAAACAAUCUACCACUACAAAAUCUAGUAAAGAUAUCACUACACAUCGACCAGAAAUUACUUCCGAAAAAUCUAUAUGUGAAACUAAUUCUGAGUCAAAAACGACUACAGAAGUGCCUAUGGGAUUAACAACUGAUAAAGGAAUAAGUACUACUGAAUCUUCUGAGGAGACAGAUUCAACUACUUCUGAGUCAGAAAAUACUGAUAAUACGGAUAGUCUUAUACAUAUGACUGGUGAUUCUGGAUGGACAACUGAAACUAGUACUGUAGUCACCACUACUAUAGGUCCAAGAGAUUGCAAAGGAAGACGCGAAAGGUAUUAUCCGUGUGCUCUCUCGUGCCCUCAGAGGUCAUGUGAGGAAUUCUUGAACGGGACUACAUGUCCGAUAGCCAGUAAAGUCUCGGGAUGUAAGCCCGAAUGUCGAUGCCAAAACGGAUUCUUCAGAGACAGUGAAGGCAAUUGUGUGACUGGAGCAGAAUGCAGAAGAGCAGCGAGACAGACUACUAAAUCGGCGAUGUCUACAACUGCAAAUCCCAAUCAAAAAACAUCAACCACUUCAAUGGGUCCCACAACACCGGAGCCAAGCUGUGAAGACAUAGGAUAUGAAUUGUUCGCAAAAGGAAACCUUGAGUACACCGCCAAAAUACUGAACGAUUUAGUGCAAACGAAGCCAGGGAACAACGUGUUGUGUGGUGGAGCGUCCAUUUUGUACCUAAUGGCUCAACUAGCGGUACAAGCUAAGGACAACGCGAAGAAAGAGCUUUUGAAAGUCUUAAACUUAAAGGAAACAGAUCAGAUGUGCAGAUGUGGCGGUCGACCGCACUUAAAUUAUUUAUUAAUGGGAUUAUUCAAGAGUAACAUCGUUAUGGAACAGAUUCGUUGUGUCCUACCAAAAAUUGCGGCGAAUCUACAAGCAUCAUCCCCAGACAUCGAAUAUGACCUAUUAUGUAAAAUAUACGCUGAUGACAGUUGUCCUCUCACCGAAUAUUUCAUACGGACUACUACACAAGUGUUUCUUAGAGGACCAGAAAAUGUUAACUUCAGAACCAAAGACUCGGCUCAAUAUAUUAGUGAUGAUGUGGCGCAAUAUACAAAUGAUGCAUUUGUUAAUUUCAUAAAACCAAACACACUGUCGGCAUUGAGCGGUUUGAUAUUGGUGGAUGCUGAAGCUUUUACGGGAAAAUGGGAAAAACAAUUUGAGCCAGCAUUUACGACCAUGUUAGAUUUCAAUAGAAAUGGAAGAAUUGACAAAAUACAUAUGAUGAAUCAGAGGGCUUCGUUUUUGUAUGCAGAAAGCUCAGUGCUCAAUGCUAAGAUUCUAAGACUGAAAUACACACAAAAAGAGUAUUCCCUAACAAUAUUCCUACCAAAUAGAGUAGAUGGGCUAAAUGAUAUGCUGAAGAGAAUGGAAAAUCCCGAAACCGUGCUGUCAGUUAUUGAUAGUUUACGGAGUGUAGAUGUAGAAGUUUAUAUUCCGAAAUUCACCAUAUCGGUCGCAAAUAGAUUGAAAAACCCUUCGAUAAAGGCGAAUAUAAAAGAAAUAUUCAACAAAAACGGUACGGGACUAUCAGACAUUGCAUCAUGUGACAAUCCAUUUGUUGGCGAUAUACUUCAGAAGAUAACAUUUCAAGUUGAUGAGCUUGGAUUGGGAGACAAAAAAGAUAUAGAUUUCCCAGACUCGGAAGAGAUUCCCGACUCACCAUCAAGGCCGCGCGUCCCUCAGCUAUUCAAAGCGGAUCAUGCAUUCGCUUAUUACCUGUUCUAUAACAAAGUAGCGCUGAUUGCCGGCGUGUUCAACCGCUAGUACUGAUGUUGGGUCAUAAGCGUUAUUCUCAAGUGCGUAAGAGAUUGUGCGUGGUAACUAUUUUGUUGAAGAAAUAUACUUUUGAUGUUAUUAAUGUUGUAGUUUGAAUGAAUAAAUAAGUGAAACUUAAA